CCCAUCGCAACGUCUGCGUUGGUUCUCGGGUGUCGGAUCGUCAAAAGGAGCUUCUGCUGGCUUUUGUGAAAGAGCACCCACAGAUCGCGACGCUGUCGUGCCCGCUGGAGCCGUCGUUCACGAGGGAGGACCGGGACGACAUGUGGCAGGAGCUAGUAGCGCUUUUGAACGAAGUCCCUGCGCGUAACACCACAGCCUUGCCAAACUCCGAGAGCAGCAGAGGUGGUCGGUCAUCUUACACGUCCCGCUUGUGCUCUACAGCGGCACCGGAGACGGCCAGAUUACGGGUUACCGCGGCCGCGUCGUGCUUGACAGGGACCGCGCGGGUCGACAGUACGCGAGGCCCGGAGUUCGGGUGAUCUGAAUCGAUGGUUCCCCCAGAUCAGAGCCUGCAAGCAUGUGCACUAUCUGGGGACUUCCGUCGCCUGCACCGCCAAGGUUCUUGGUCGGGAAAAACUUCCGCGGCUUGCAGGUGAGCCCUGCUCCAGCUGCUGCUGGUGUGGCUGAAGAGGAUGUGACCCAGGACCUUCCCCGUGCCACAACUCCUCAUGCCACAGCUGCGAGAUGUGGGCAACCGGCAGGCCGAGGCGCUGGAGUUACUAGCCGCGAACACCAGGCGGCAGGGCCAGAUAUUGGAAAGCUGCCGACUGCCAGGUUCAACUUCUCGGUGACGUGGUCCACGAGCUGCAAGGCGUUGGUACCCUCACCCGGGCUCUCAUUGCAGCAGAAGCCUCCUGCACAGUGAUUUGUAAAUACUAGUUGUACAUAUAUGUAGAUUUAUUUUUGUUCACAUCACGAGCUGUGAUACGCUGGUUUGCUUCAAUGGUGCCCUGCAAUUUCUUUUCAUUUAAUUUUCUCUUUCUGCAUAUCAGAAGCACUGAUGUGCUGUUUCAUUGUACAUCACACAGUGUAGCUCAAUGGUAAAUCGUGUCCUGCGAUGUCAUUUUCUUUUUAUUCUCAUCGUGCGAGGUGAUGCAUUCAGCAGUUUUGUAGUACAUGUGCAUAGCACAGUGUGGGUUCAUUUAUGAAUCAUGUUUUGCAAUGUCAUUUUUUUAAAAUCUCAUAUGAAGUAAUGCAUUCAGCAAUUUUGUAGUAUAUGCACAUAGUGCACUGUAGUGUAUCUUUAUGUCUAUAGUGUAUACGUGUAGAAUACUCGAUUUUUACAUAUCCUAGAAAAAAAGAAGAGCGUUUGUGAAUGGUCUAGGUUGCACAACAAUUUUGAAAUAUUGCAAGACCAAAAUAUAGUUGACGAACACGUGUUCUGUUGCUUAGAAGUGUUUAGACAACAGAAUUGGGUACAAACAGAAAUUAAUAAUAGAGGAAGACAU